UGUGAUGAAAGAAGGAGUUUCUCUCAAGAGAAGCUGGAGAACUGUUGUCUAUUCCCAAGUUCUUCACUGCAUAAAGGACUGAAAACCGGGCCAGACAGUUUAGUGCCUAAAGAAGCAAGAGAGUGAAAACUGAUACACUUGUGGUUGAACUGUUUUUACAGGUAACAUGAACAUCACGGACUAUUUCACCAGAAUUUCUUAUAAUGGCUCCUAUAAAAACCCGGAUUUGGAGACCUUGACUGCAAUAUUCCAGCACCACAUCAGGGCUGUUCCUUUUGAAAACCUCAGCAUCCACUGCGGGGAAACCAUCGAGUUAGACUUAGAACCAGUUUAUGACAAAAUAGUGAAGAAGAAACGUGGUGGCUGGUGCAUGGAAAACAACCAUCUUUUAUAUUGGGUUCUGAAAACGCUGGGAUAUGACACCACCAUAAUAGGAGCAAAAGUUUACAACCCAGAAGAAAAUGCAUAUAAUCAUCAUAUUGAUCACCUUCUCCUAAAGGUGGUCCUGGAUGGGAAAGCCUACAUAGUGGACGGCGGCUUUGGAAUGGUCUAUCAAAUGUGGCAGCCAAUGGAGCUGAUUUCUGGGAAAGACCAGCCCCAGGUUCCUGGCAUCUUUCGCUUCAUGGAAGACAAUGGGAUCUGGUACUUUGAGAAAAUCAAAAGGAAACAAUACAAUCCCAACCAAAGCGUCUCUAAUUCCAAUAAUCUGGAAAAAAAUGCAUGUAAGAAAGUUUACCUGUUUACCCUUGAGCCACGAGAGAUAGAAGAUUUCAGGCCCCAGAGUGUGUAUCUCCAGACAUCUCCAGAUUCUCUGUUCGUUAAAAAGUCCAUCUGCAGCCUCCAGACCACUGAUGGCCUUUGGGCUUUAGUUGGGUGGAAACUCACCAAGGUUAAAUACAAUUACAAGGAGAACAUGGAUCUGGUGGAAACCACAACACUUACAGAUGAGGAGGUGUUAAAAACAGUGAAAGACAAAUUCAGAGUAAUGCUAGAUCAUAAACUCAUCCCAGUGAACAGGAGCAGAUUGUCUAUGGUUUAGUUUCUUGGCCAGAAUAUAAUUUGAUACAGCUACAUCAAAUAGAAUCUCUUUCCCAGGAUCCAAUUAUUGCAAAAAAUGAAGGGCUAGGCUGUCACUUUCUGGCUAGCAUAGAACAAGGAGUGGCACGUAGCAGUGCUAUCCCAGCAAAGAAAUUGUGACUCUUGGAGCUACAAUUUCUUCCCUGCUUCUCCCCUGGCUUCAGCUGGUAAAUUAAGUCUUCCAGGCUUAUGCCAGUAGUACAGUACUUUCCACUCUGUGUGGGCUCCAUUGCGCUGGUUGGUCCAUGGGGUUGGGUUGGGGGUGUGUGGGCUGGAGGCAAGUUUCUGCCCCUUCCCUGCUUCUUUAACCCUAUGGAGCUGCCCUUUCCAUAUGCAGAAUGGCAAAGUGAGGAGGCCAUGCAAGGAAUCCCCUUAUGCCUCCUUGCUCCCCUGCACUACCAUGUAGAGCAAAACAUACCCAGGCUCUAAAGAAAUGCUACAUUACAGCUGCAAUUUAAUAUCCAGAGAUGCUAGGACAUUCAGAGUUCAGGUUGCCACAGUCACCCUAGGUCUACCCUCUUUGCAUUAGGAAAAGGGUCUUUCACUAUGUAGUCACAUAGCUGCACAGCUGUGAUAUACCGGGAUUAAUACUUAGGGACUGACUAUUUGCAGCUAUCAAAAUUGCCAUGGAUGAACACAACUCCAGCACUGGGUGGGAAUUUCCUGCCCCUUUUGUGGCUCCCCACAUAACCUGAGGCAUCUCCAUAAUAUAACCAUAAAGGGGCAAUUCUAGGGAACAAUUUUUGGGGCACGGACCACAUAUUUUUGCAUUUAUAAUCCUGACCCAGCCAUGGUCUCUCUGCAACCCACCAUCCCCUUGAAAUGCAUAUGAUUUCUACUCAGCAUAAUGACUUUUACUCUCCUUCAGGAAGAACUUGGUCAUUUCUUUUUAAUCAAUCUGCCAAUUGGUCCUACACUCAUCACUGAGACCUGGGAAGGGCUGUUAUUCCCCUGCCCAAAACAACUAAGCAUUCUUAAAGACUGUUCUGUUUGUCAUGAUUAUUUGUACGUUCAGAAAUAUUUUAUGAAGACCAGCCUUGUACAAUAAAAUAUCUGAGGCCCAUUUUGUUGUGUGAUGUGGGUGGUUGUAGUCAUUGUAUGCACUGGUUAAUAACAGGGGCUGCUGGCUAACAAAAUCUUAGUCAUAUACGUACGUAAUUGAUACAUGAGUUAAUGGGAUUGCUUCCAUAUGUGAGGGGCACAGGAAGUGACCCGUGUUCUGUUGUUUUUAUUGACCAGCAGCCCAGAUUCCUUUUCAGGUAAAAAGUCAUUUAAUAUUCUGGUUGUUGAUGAUGAAUUAUUAAAAAGAAGCUUUUGCA